GUUUGAGAUUUCCAGUCAACCAGGCAGAGCAGCAGCAUGGACCUCGUGGUGGAUGGUACGCGCACGUCCGGCAAGGACGUCCGUGAGCAGAACGUGACCGCGGCCUUGGCCAUUGCCAACAUCGUCAAGUCGUCUUUGGGUCCCGUCGGCCUCGACAAGAUGCUCGUCGAUGACAUUGGCGACGUGACGAUCACAAACGAUGGUGCGACGAUCCUCAAGCUCCUCGAAGUCGAGCACCCGGCCGGUAAGGUUCUUGUCGAGCUUGCGGGUCUCCAGGACCAGGAAGUCGGCGAUGGCACGACGUCGGUCGUCAUUAUCGCCGCCGAGCUCCUCAAGCGCGCGAACGAACUCGUCCAGAACAAGAUCCACCCGACGUCGAUCAUUUCGGGCUACCGCUUGGCGAUGCGCGAGGCCGUCAAGUACAUCAAGGAGCACCUGAGCGUGCCCGUCGACUCGAUCGGCCGCGAGUCGCUCGUGAACGCGGCCAAGACGUCGAUGAGCUCCAAGAUCAUUGGCCCCGAGAGCGAAUUCUUCGCCAACCUCGUCGUCGACGCCGUCACGUCGGUCAAGACGACGGAAGAGGGCGCGAAGGGCAAGAUUGUGACCAAGUACCCGGUCAGCGCCAUCAACGUGCUCAAGGCCCACGGCAAGAGCGCGCUCGAGUCGCAGCUUGUCGAUGGGUUUGCGCUCAACUGCACGCGCGCGUCGCAGGCGAUGCCCAACACGAUCAAGGGUGCCAAGAUUGCGCUCCUCGACUUUGACUUGCAGCGCCACAAGAUGCAGAUGGGCGUCCAGAUGGUCGUGACGGACCCGAAGGAGGUCGACCAGAUCCGCCAGCGCGAGUACGACAUCACGAAGGAGCGCAUCCAGAAGAUCCUCGACGCCGGUGCCAACGUGAUUCUGACGACCAAGGGCAUUGAUGAUCUCUGCAUGAAGUACUUUGUCGAAGCGGGCUGCAUGGGCGUCCGCCGCUGCAAGAAGGAAGACCUCCGCCGCAUUGCCAAGGCCACGGGCGGCCAGGUUGUCCUGACCCUUGCCGACAUGGAAGGCGAAGAGACGUACGACGCGGCGUGCCUCGGCCACGCCGCCGAAGUCUCGGAGGAGCGCGUCGGCGAUGGUGAGCUCAUCUACAUCAAGGGCUGCGCCACGCGCCGUGCGACGACGGUCGUCCUCCGCGGCGCCAACGAGAUGGCGCUCGACGAAAUCGACCGGUCGCUCCACGAUUCGCUCAUGGUCGUCAAGCGCAUGCUCGAGUCCAACCAGCUCGUGGCCGGCGGCGGCGCCGUCGAGAGCGCGCUGAGCAUCUACCUCGAGAACUUUGCGACGACCUUGGGCUCGCGCGAGCAGCUCGCGAUCGCCGAGUUUGCCGACGCGCUCCUCGUCAUCCCCAAGACGCUGGCCGUGAACGCGGCCAAAGACGCGUCGGAGCUGGUCGCGCGCCUUCGCGCCCACCACAACACGAGCCAGGUGGACCCGACGAAGAAGGCGCUGCGCUUCACGGGCCUCGACCUGCUGCAGGGCAAGGUCCGGGACAACCUCGAGGCCGGCGUCGUGGAGCCCGCGAUCUCCAAGAUCAAGAGCCUCCGGUUCGCGACCGAAGCCGCGAUCACGAUCCUCCGCAUUGACGACAUGAUCCGACUGAACCCCAAGGACGACCAGGGCCAAUAAGACAUGUGGCAGCCUCCGUUUUGUCCGACUAAUAGCACACAAUACAAGAAUCAGAUAUGUAGUAGG